CAAUUGUUUUUCAAACUUCGCUCGGAAUGGUCGUGUGCGCGCUCUGAAAGGAAAAAGUGAAAAAGUGUGUGACAAAGUGCAAAUAAGCCACAACGCGCAUGUGAGAAAUCAAAUUUUAUUGAGAAGCAUCAAAAAUUUUAUACAUAUCGAGCGUACCCACAUCGCUGUAUGUGUGAAUGUGGCAGUGCUAGUGUGGUUUUCCCUUUUUGCCGUGGAAAAUAUGAAAACUGAAUGAAAAACUGAAUCGCAGUCAGCCAGAGCCGAAUUGGAAAAGAGUAACUCGCAUUGGGGACACGCAGAGGUGUCUCGAAAAAGACUGAAUAAAUCGGCAGCAGGAUAAAGAAAUUUCCCAAGCAGCGCGUUCAGCGGAAAAAGCUUCGGGGAAAAGAAAAGCGUCCAGCAAUCGUUAAACUGUUUCGCGCGGCGGGGAAUGGUAUAUUUCUUGGGGGAUUGGGGCAUGGGAGAUUCUGACUUGUCGUCAUAUCAGCAACAUGUUCCAAAUAUACAGCAGCCGCAACGCAUCCAUGGACAUGAUCUACUCUUGCAACAGCAGCAGCAGCAGCUCCCACAGCAGCAGCAGCAGCAGCAACAGCAGCAACAACAACAGCAGCAGCAACAGCAAGAACUUGUUGCACAAAUCUCCAGUAGCCUAAGCCAAGUGCAACCGCAGUUGCAGUUUGCCAGCGGCUCAAGCUUCCUGCAACAGGGCUCAUCUCCCUCGCCAUCCCAGCAGCAACAUGGUUCAGUCAGCAGCAGCAGCAGCCUCGUAACUGCCAAUCUCCAGCAGCUGUCGGUGAGCAGCAGCAACUCCAGCAGCAGCAGCAGUAGCAACAACAACAGCGCCAGUGGCAACACUCCCACCAAACAGCAACAGCAGCAAACACUACUGCUCCCAGAGGCAGCUGCUCCUGCUGCCAGCGCUGUUGUCGGCAAGGCGUCCAAGAACCCACAACUGAGCAAGGAUCUCCUGGACAAUGAGGAUGAAGUGGCAUUGCACCCGCUCUCCAACCAGGUCGGAGGACACACUCGCCUGUUGCUGCUCAACCAGUCGACGGUGAUUAAGCCGCUGAACCUGCGCGAAUUGGACUUCUACCAGAACAUUCCGCAGGACAUACUGAAGUUUGUGCCCAAGUACAAAGGCGUCAUGCAGGCCACCACCAUGGGCGGAGCCAAGCUGGACAAGCGCUACUCGCCCAGUUUCCGGGAUGACGCGGCCGCCGUUCCCGUGCGCAAGAUGAGCGCCUCCAAAAGGAAGCGGGAUGAGGUGCUGAGAAUGAAGGUGCACAAGAACGGACAAGCAGCUGAGGUGAUCAAGAGCAUCUCACAACUGGACAACACCAAUAAGCAAUACUUCCUUAUGCUCGAGAACAUCACCUCGCAGUUCCGCAAUCCCUGCAUCCUGGACCUGAAGAUGGGCACUCGUCAGCAUGGAGAUGAUGCCUCCGCGGAGAAGCGCUCCAAGCAGAUGGCCAAGUGCGCGGCCAGCACUUCCGGAUCGCUCGGUGUUCGUCUGUGUGGAAUGCAGACCUACCUGGCCGACCUGGAGCAGUAUGCCAAGCGUGACAAGUACUGGGGCCGCGAGCUAAACGAGGGCGGCUUCAAGACUGCGUUGCACGAUUUCUUUCACAAUGGCUACCGCCUGCGCAUACGCGUCAUUCGCAAGAUUCUGCAGCGGCUGCUCCAGUUACGAAGGGUGAUUGAGAAGCAGUCGAGCUACAGAUUCUACUCUUGCUCACUGCUCAUUGUGUACGAGGGCUUCGAGGAGAACCCGAUGGCUUACCCACCCUCCAUGGGUCUGGAUGAGUGGCCAGAGGCUCCCAGGUCGGCCACCGUGCCUGGCACCGUCUUCGAUUAUCAUCCGGAGAACAGCAUAGAUGAGGACGACCUGGAGGAUGAGGACGAGGCUGGCAACGAGGCUGGCGAUGAGCUGGAGGCGCAUGACACCGACGAGGAUCUGCAUCUGGUGGCCGCCGACAGUGGCAACGCAUCGGCCACAAACAGCAGCACAGGUGGCGAUGCCUGCAACUAUGAUGCAGAUGCCUCCAACGAUUCCAACUCAUUGCUCGACCUGGCUACCAGACGUCACCUGCACAAGCGUGGAUUUGCAGAAGCAGCGGCAAGGGGAGUUAAGCAGACUGCGGCCCACAACACCACCACCGACGAAGAGGAGGAGGAAGAGCAUCCGGCAAUGCCACCGCCUCGUACUUGUGGUGUUAUGGCCGCCAAAGCGGCAGCCGCUGCCGCUGGCCUGGCUGGAAAGGGCCAGGGCGCAUUCAUUCCAAUCUCCGAAGAGACAGUAUUUCUGGACCCAGAACCAGCGCUGCCCAGCGUGACGACUUCAUCGCCACAUUCCGGUGACUCAUGGAUGAACUAUAGCAGCAAUAGCAGCGACGACUUCUCCGGACUAUCCGAGCAGAUAAAGGCUGUCGCCAGUGGCCGGCAGACAUGCAAUAACAGCAGUGAUGACGCAAGUUCAGAUUACGAAAGCAGUAUCAUUGGUCCCACGGAGGCCAUGUUUAAGCGCUAUAAGUCUCAGCAAUCUUUUGACGCCGCCACAGCUGCCGAAUCUGCAUCCUCCCCGCCACUCACUGCCGGAAACUCGAGCGUUUCUAAUGGCGGCACCACCGUCCGCUCACUGGUUUCGCCCGCCUCAUCCAGCGCCUCUUCCCUGAAAUCGGUCAAGGGUGCGGUAAAGCGGCUACGAUGCAAUGACGACGAUCAGCAGUCUGCGAGCCUAGGGGAAUCGGAUUUACGAGAAGCGAAGAAGUCGACGAUCACUUCGACGCCCGUUUCGGCCGUAUCCUCGCCUGCUAAGACAGCCCCACAACUGCGAAGCUGCGAGAGUAUCUCUAACCAGCAAUCUCUGCUGUCGGGUCUACUCUUGGAUAAUAACAAUGAGCAGCGUCGCAAUGCACUCCUGCAGCAAAGCUCAAAGUCGCUGGACAUGUCGGCACCGCCCACUGAUGAUAACCAAUGCUUCGUGGACGUCCGCCUCAUCGACUUUGCCCACACGGCAUUUGUGCCGCGCAAUGGCACCAUGCUACCCACUCCGGCGGCAGCUCCGGUGCACCAUGGACCCGAUGGGGGAUUCCUCACCGGCCUAGACAGCCUCAACCGCCUGCUCAACGAGAUUCUGGCCGAGGAGCGCAUCUAAGGUCGCCAUUGAAACCAGAUCGGAAAGAACGAAUAUGAAUAUAUAUGGGGGAACUGGUGGGGAACACAAGUUAAAAGUACAAUUUGAUUUCAGAAUACCUAAAUUGUUGUAGCAACAUGAGUUAAAUUAUGAAACAAAAUCAACUAAUCUUUAGAAAUUCAAAAUGUGAUUCAAGCAAACCUAUUUAACAACCGCAUAUAGACCUAAACUUUUAACUUUUAACCGACGCGUAACGAUAAGUAAAUGGCGGGCGGAGCGUGUUCCCCCGAUUUAUCGCAGCAUUUGUGGAGAACGAGAAGCGGAGAAUUUAAUAUUAAUUUGUAAACAAGUCGCUUCCAAAAGUAGAUGAAAGUCAAAACUUUGUUAGAUUGAUUGAUUGUGCAUUCUGCAUUUCACAUUCAAAUCAAAGAUAAAUUAUUUCGGCUAAAGUGCAUAUGAUUUAACCUUUUGUGAAAGUUCUCGUGGAGCACAUCUAUAAAUGUACUGUACUCCAAAGCGAGAACACUUGGGCCGAGUGAUUUUAUACCUAGCCAUUACAAUACAAUGCAAAAUGACAAAGCGAUAGAGCGUAAUCAUCAGUAUUUCGUUGUAUGUAUCUAUGCUUAAAGUCUUAGCCCCUUUCCUUUCCAUUUGUAGUGACAAAGUUUCGAAGAGCCAGAGUUUACUAUAUAUACUAUAUAAAAUACCCACAUUUUUAAGUUAACGAUUAAAGAGAGAAACGCUAUUAAUAUAUAGAUCCUACAAAUAUUACUAUUACUUAUUGUGUAACUAGAGAAUUAAAUGGGAAAACCGAUUAUGUAUAUUUUCACUUAA